AUGUCAGUGGUUGGAUCAUGGAGUCAGAAUACUACUCAAGAAGCAAAUGCAUGGCUUAAAACACGAUUAAAGCAACGAUGUAUUACUAGAGAUUUCAAGUGGGGGGUUCUUGUUCCUCAUGAGAGAUUCAAUGACAAAGUUUUCUAUGUUUGGUUUGAUGCACCAAUCGGGUAUGUCUCAAUCACUUCAUGUUACACACCUGAGUGGGAAAAGUGGUGGAAGAAUCCUGAAAAUGUGGAGUUGUAUCAGUUUAUGGGAAAAGAUAAUGUACCCUUUCAUACUGUAAUGUUCCAUUCUAGACUUCUUGGAACAUCUGAGAACUGGAGGGCACCCUCCCCAGUGACCGCCUCAAGGUGGCUGCGUGUUGCAAGCACUACACUGCCUACGAUCUUGAUAAUUGGAGUGGGGUCGAUCGCUUCCAUUUUAAUGCCAAGAGAAUGUGUGAUGCAAGGGAAGGUGGCAAGUGUUAUGUGCUCUUACAAUCAAGUCAACGAGAUUCCAACCUGUCAUGACCCUAGACUUCUUCAUGACACCAUUCAUGGGGCUUGGGGACUCAAUGGGUACAUAGUUUUAGAUUGCGACUCUGUUGGAGUAUUCUUUGAUAAUCAACACUACACUGCCACCCCUGAAGACGUUGAUGCAGAUGAAAUCAAAGCAGGUUUGGAUUUGGACUGUUGUCCAUUCCUAGGAAUCCACACACAAGGUGCAAUGGAUCGAGGUCUGUUGAAGGAGAUUGACGUGGACAGUGCAUUAGUAAACACCCUUAUAGUUCAAAUGAGAUUAAGGAUGUUUGACGGAUCAGGCGAUGAUGUGUUUGAAAAGGCCAAAAGACCAUCAGAGAUGAUACCUUCUGGCCACGGAAUUAGGACCCCUGUGCCAUUAUUUAGAGAAUUGAGAGAUGAAGAGGUGGAGUUGUUGAGGGAAAGGCACUCCAAGUUGAUCCAGAUAAGAAUCCACAUGAUCCUCAAGUUGCUGAAAGAUUCCAGGCAAGUGUUUGAUCCUUCAUUAGAAAAUAAAAGGUAA